AUGUGUUACUUCCUUACCGGCCUGGCCGAUGAGACCCUCACCGUGAAGCUCGGAGAGGAGGCACCGGCAACCUUCGUCGAAGUCUUACAAAAGGCGAAGAAAGUCAUUUAUGGCCAGGAGCUCCUCCGAACCAAGACUAGUCGGCUUGAGAGGCAGAUCGACCAGAAGAAAACAAACCAAGAGAGGAGGAAGGUUGAUUCCAAAUCAAAGGACAAGGGAUCGUCCUCUUCCGGCGGACGAACUGAGUAUCGUAGGUCGAAGAUCGGCCCCAGUCGAAGCCGACUUUACGAGCGUUAUACUCCAACCACCAUCCCCAUCUCUGAGAUACUUACAAACAUCGAGGAAAAUGGGAUGGAAAAUCUCCUCAAGCGACAUGAGAAGCUCCAAGGAGACCCACAAAAGCGCCAUAAGGAUAAAUAUUGUUGUUUUCAUCGCGAUCACGGCCAUAAUACAUCAAAUUGUUGGGAAUUGAAGGGCCAAAUUGAAGACCUCAUUCAAGAUGGCUACUUCAAAAAAUUUGUUGGAAAACCAAGGUCCAACUCAGUGGAGAAGAAAGAAGAGAGAAAGCGUUCAAGGACGCCACCUCGUCGAGAUGAUCGACCUGCGAUCAUCAACACUAUUUUCGGGGGCCAGUCUGGAAACAAAAGGAAAGAGCUAGCUCGCGAGGCCAAGCGCGAGGUAUGCAUCAUCAGGGACCAGAAACCGACUUGUUCCAUUACCUUCGACGAUACCGAUCUAGAGGGGGUCCAUCUGCCCCAUAACGAUGCACUUGUGAUCGCCCCCCUUAUCGAUCAUGUCCUGGUCAGAAGAGUAUUGGUAGAUGGAGGCGCGUCUGCCAACAUCUUGUCCCUCCCUACAUAUCUGGCCUUGGGAUGGACCAGGUCUCAGUUGAAGAAGAGUCCAACACCCUUGGUUGGAUUCUCUGGCGAAUCGGUCUCUCCAGAAGGGUGUGUCGACUUACCGGUUACAAUUGGGCAAGAUAGUACACAAGAGUGCUAUGCCUCCGCGCUAAAAAGGUCAUCAGUAUGCGCCCUGGAAGAACAAGCCAACUGGGACGAGUUGCUGGAGCCCGAGGCCGACCUACCGAAACCAUGA